GGGUGAUUUCACUAAAGGUCACUGGAGCGUGGAUCCGCACCCACGUGACCAAAAUUCUCCGGUGGAGGACACAUACGGGUCCCUGUACAUGUUAGUGGAUGGGAAAAGUCGCAUUUUCCCACCCGUUAAAAACAUAGAAAACGGCGAGGUUGAGAGCUGCAAUUUACUGUGCCAGUCGGGGUGACUGUGAGGCACAGCUACCUAGAUUUACAGGGAAAAAAAAAUAUUGCAAGUGAGGUAAAUUCAAGAGGGAACUGAAGGUGCCUAUCCACCGGAAGUCAGGAGCCGACAAUUGCCGAAGAUAUUUAAAGGUCCAAAAUAGCGGGAAAUAUCGCGUUUUCCCGCUGAAUUUCAUCAAAGACAAGCCUGCAGCAUGGAAUGAUGUCUACAAUCCUGGUUGGGCACCCACUGUGAGCAGGAUAGACAUUGCGCACUUUCAACAAGAAGAGAGUAUUAAAGCAGAUUUGGUUGCAGCUCAAGCAUCUAUAGCUCUGCAGAUGUUGAACUUUUAACCGGUGCUGCAAGUACACCGUCAACUUGACAUUUUUGGGAGGUUAUAGGGAGGUUUCACGAAGCCCAGGUCUCGACCGUGACCCGCACUGUUGCCACGCAACGGCAACUUGAUUACAUGCUCUUAAUUGCAGACACACGUUUAACAUGGAUUAUAGUGUAGCGGGGCCGUCUUCUGCCCCCGUAUCCGUCCAAUUGUCUCAGUAUUCCUCAAAUCUAUCAACUGAGGAGUACGAACGGUAUGUGCAAAAGAUAUCCUUGAUAGGUAUUGACCCGUAUUUAGUGCCUGAAGCCGAGAGAUCCCAUGAAAUCUCACAAUUGCCAGAUGUUAAUUCCAUGGACAUCAUGGCCUACCUCAUCACAACACCCAGUCCGUACACAUCUAAGAAUCUUAAAGCCUACAAAUCAUCUGAGGCUUACAAUCAGUUUGCAAAUGGCUGGUUACACGACACAAGUGUAUAUAUCCCUAAGGAUCAUCCAGACACACGAGUGGUGUGUGGAAAAGUAAGCUUUCCAUCAUUAUGCUAUUAAUUGUCUAUAUAAUUUAUCAGUUUUUAUUAAUAGUUUAUAUUUUACGUUUUUAUCACAGCCUUGAAUUGUAAUUUAUAUUAUCCUAAUUCUACAGGUCCUGCACUCGCAAGCUGUAGGGGUGACAUCUAAGACAUUGAUGCCGUGGGUUAUUGUGAGACAGAACCAGAUAUGUAGUGCCCACUGCGAUUGCAAGGCAGGUCUGGGUGAAGUUUGUACUCACAUUGCGACGCUUCUCUUUGGUAUUGACGCGGGAGUACGGAUUCGUGAGACUAAAACAGUCACCCAGGUCAAGGCUUAUUGGAUGGAGCCAACAAGAAAGCAGGUGAAAGCGGCGCCUGUCACCAAUGUUGACUUCUCUUCAGCAGCAAUGAAGAAAAAAUUGCUUGAUGCUGCCAUAGAUGGGACUGAGCCAAGACAGCAGCAAAAAGAUAGAGAUAAAGCCCCAUCAUUGCUAUCUCCUUCGUAUCGAGCAUCGGUGUAUCUGCAGGACAAAUUACUGAGUACACUUGUGUUACGCCUGUCACGGAUCGCUACAAAUGCGGCCAUAUUCAGCUCUGUGGAGCCUUAUGCAGCAACAUUUGUUCCUGCUGAGACCGUUGAAGCAUUUCCACCUAUUCUUACGGACCUAAUGGACAAAAACACAUUCACCCUGACGUUUGCUGAACUUCUAAAGAUAUGUGAAGCUGUUAAUUAUUCUGUUACAGAGGAGGGGGCAAAGAACGUGGAGGCGCACACUCGACAGCAAGCAAAAUCAGAAACCUGGUUUCGGUAUCGGGCCGGACGCAUUACAGCGUCAAAAAUGAAAAGUGUUUGCACCACAAAUGCAGGUUCCCCUGCAAUUAGUGUUGUCAAAUCGGUGUGUUACCCCCAUCUGUACAAAUUUAGCACUGAGGCUACAAGAUGGGGCUGUGAUCAGGAAAAGCGUGCAAGGCAAGCCUACGCGGCUCAUAUGCGCACUGAACACUCCGGUUUCAUGAUGAGAGACUCGGGUCUCAUUAUAAAUCCCAAGUACCCUCAUUUGGGUGCAACACCGGAUGGACUUGUCGAGUGUGCUGAGCAAUGUUGCGGGGCUGACCGCCUUGGUCUAUGUGAAAUAAAAUGUCCAUUCAGUAAGAAGGGCAGGUCUUUAAUGUCCGCUGCACAAGACAAGACAAUAAGUUGUUUGGGUGAUUUUUAUAUAACAAAUGAAUAA